AGUGCACUUUGGCCAGCUCUUCUGGAAAUUUUUUGUACGACUGGGUGGUGAAGACAAAAGGAAAGCAAAAUGACAUCGAAAGUAGAUGAAAAAAGCAUCAGGGAAAAACUAGACGAGUUUCUCCACCAAAAGAACUAUUUAACAGAUGGACUGGAAUUCGUGGAAAAGAAAACAGGGGUUAAUAGGCUGUACAUUUGUAUUGGUGCAGCUGCUUUCUUGGCCUUGUACCUUGUAAUUGGCUAUGCAGGUGGCUUGGUUGUAUCCAUCCUUGGUUUUGGCUAUCCAGCCUAUGCUUCGGUUAAAGCAAUUGAAAGUGAGCGUAAAGAUGAUGACACACAGUGGCUUACCUAUUGGACAGUCUAUUCUACAUUCAGCAUCAUUGAGUAUUUCUCAGACAUUUUCCUUUCAUGGUUCCCUCUCUACUUCUUAUUCAAGUGCAGUUUCUUGGUCUGGUGCAUGGCACCAUUUUCUUGGAAUGGAUCUGAGUUCAUCUACCACAGAGUUCUUAAACCAUGGGUAAAGGAGCACCGUGAAAAGAUUGAUGAAUAUUUGGAGAAGGCAAAAGAAAGGGCAAGUCACUUAUAUGAUGAGGCAAAGGAUAAGGCAACAGAAGCUGCUAUUAAGCAUGCGACAAGAUCUGAUAGAGACGAUGACAAGAAAGAGGAUUGAAAGAACCGAACGCAUUGAACAAUUGCUUAAUUCUGAUUGCUGGAGGGCGUAAUAAACUAUUUUACAGUAACUUUUUGGCAUAGGUUUAAUUUUGGGCACAUCUCUUGUUAUUUAUAUUUUGAGAUAAUUUUGUCUUUCCUCUUUGAAUGUACAAGCAAAAGUAGGGGAUAUUUUGGUGCUUAUGCAUGAAUUUAUCCAAAUUUUUCAAGUGUUAUUUAAGUGGAAUUGUUUCUAGAUAUGGCUUGUAUUACACAAAGAAAAGGUAUGAUGUUUUAAAGUUUCUGUCAAAUUUGA